AUGCUGAAAGUAGAAGGUUUAAUAUUGAGGGGGACUGAGCAUAAACUGGGAUUAAGAAUAAAUUCUGACAUGGUGAAGGUAUGGUUAUUUCUGCAUUUUGUUUUAAAUGCCAUUGGUUGUUCGAAUUCUUUCUUUGAUUUAUUCUUUUCAAUAUUUCUAUUAUCCUUUACAAUAUUCAAAAAUACAAAUUUAAAUAAAAUACCAAUUUGGUUAUUCUUACCCUUCUGUUUAUUUUUAUUUUCUGUAAAUGGAUGCCUUUUAAAAUAUUUAAUUGAAUUAUUACAUAAUUGGAUGGCUCCCCACGAAUUUGCUUUUGCAAAUGGAUUUUGUGGAAAAAUUGAAAGGGCGGUUAGCGGUGUUGAUAUACACAUUGAGGAAAUUAAUAAUGAGGAAGACACAAAUUCUAAAAGAAAUCAAAAUUCUGAAAAUGGGGUACCAGCAACUACUACAUCCCCUCCACAUUUUUCAAUUGGAGGAGAGAAUGAAGGGGAAAUAGAUCCAAACAACCCAACUACCAACCAACUUUUUGCUGCUUUAUUGCGAAGAAAAAGUAUUUCUACAAUAGCUGAAGAAGAAGGGGAAUUGCCUAAUAGUCCUUAA